UUGUAUCGUGACAUUAAACUAUACGGCAGUUGGUUAAUUAGAAGGAAAGUACAUGUGUGCUGCUCAGUGGUAACAGGCCGCGAAAUGUCCAAAAGAAAAUCCUUUUUUGCUGAUGAAUUCGCAGCUUUGAGCAACCCAACGCCAGAAUUCAAAGAUCCAGAAGAAGAAGAGCAUAUCUAUACGAGAGCACAGUUAGAUGACCAAUAUGAUGAAGAUGAAGAAACUGAAGUAAUUGCACAGUCGAGCUCUUUACGGAGGAAGAACGCAAGCCUUUUAGUCUCUACUGACAAGAAGUAUUCUGGAAAAACAGUUUCAAGAAAGGAUUUACAGAAGGAUUCAGAUGAGUCAACUGAUGAUACUGAUGAAAGUAUUAAUAGCGAUUCUUUUCCCGCAUCGUUCGAGGUUGAGUUCACAGAAAAUGAUGACAUCACAAAACCUGUUCAAAAGAAAAAUACAAGUAUACAUUCAAAAGCUGACAGACAGAAGGCUUUGCAAAUGUUUACAGAAGAAUUAGAUGAUGAGGAAAAUGAUGCAGAUACUGGUAGUGAUGAAGAUAUAGAUGGUAGUGAUGAAGAUAUAGAUGAUAGUGAUGGAGAUGAAGUUGCUAGUGAUGAAAAUGAAAACUAUAGUGAUGAAGAUGAAGUCGAUAGUGAUGAAAAUGAAGUCAAUAGUGAUGAAAAUGAAGUCGAUAGUGAUGAAAAUGAAGUCGAUAGUGAUGAAAAUGAAGUCGAUAGCGAUAAAGAUGUAAAAUCUGAAGGUAAAGUGAUUUUCACAUUUUAUUCUCUUCUGGACCUCCAAGAAAUACUUUUAGUGCAAAAUCCUGAGAGCAAACAUGUGAUUCAGGGUGGAAAACCCCAACCUACAGCUGAUGAUGAUGAUGAAGAAAUUCCAAGUGAUGACGAGGAAAUUCCAAGUGAGGAUGAAGAUGUACAGAUUACCAAAGAGAAUGAUCAGGAGGAUGUGUCAAGUGUGGAAGAUGAUGGAACAAAUGUACCGCCCUCUAAAAGAGAGAAAAGAAAACUGCAGAAUUAUGAAGAAAUUGUUGCAAAAAGGCAUAAAAACUUCCAUGAAUUCAAAAAUAUGACGUUACAGAAAUGGCAUGAUAAAACAAAGAUAGCCUCAGGGAAGAUAAAUAGCAAAUCAUUUAGUUCAUUUGAUCGAUCAGUAUUGAAACAAAUUGAUCAGAUACUUGUUGAUCAGGAUCGACUUUUGAAGAGAACACAGCUUAAGAGAUCGGUGUACAAUGUAGUUGGAAAGCAAGAACACGUUGAAGACACAGAGGAAGAUGAAAGCAAUGGUGAUGUUCCUGUAGUAAAGCAGAACCAGCAUUUAAAGGACUAUGACCCUGAAAUAUUUGAUGAUGAUGAUUUUUACCACCAACUUCUUAGGGAGUUGAUUGAAAGACGUACAGCUGGCACCACAGAUCCUAAUCAAUUGACAAGGCAAUGGUUAGAGGUCCAAAAACUACGGAGCAAAGUUCGCAAGAAAGUUGAUACAAAAGCCAGCAAAGGCCGAAAAAUACGAUAUGAAGUGCAUCAGAAAUUAGUAAGCUUUAUGGCCCCAGAUGAGACAAGUUCUAUGUCGGAUGAAUCAAGAACGGAACUUUACAAGUCACUGUUUGGGCAACGGCUUGAUCACGGUCAUAGGUGAUGAAGGUGCGGAGAUCACUGAAUGUUUCACUUCCGUCUACAUUUACUUUAAUUCAAACUGUUCUGAUAAACAUCAUUUAACUCCAGAAUAAUGUCAUCAUGAGAUUUGUUUGUUUUUCGUCCUUUUUAUAAGGAGGGAAUUUAAUAUAAAAUGGAUUACUUAAAGCAUUUUAAUAAUGUAAAUGAAAGGAGUAUUUUGUUUAAUAAAGAACAACAUCAAAUAACAUUUGCA